UAUCCAAGUGAACCAAAUGGGGUCAUCAGUCAGUACAUACUGAGGAUAUUCAACAAAGAUAAGGAUGCAUGUGUGAUAGGAGUAAUCUACAAUUGUGAUGAAUGUGCGAGUUCACAAGAUACUCAGGCCAAUAUUACAAGGGUCAUAGAGAACUGCAGAACCAAAGAAACAAUGUCAUAUAAUGAGAUGGAUAGAACCUUCACAUAUAACACUACUGAAGAACUUAUACCAUAUGAUAUGUAUGAGGCAACAGUGUGGCCAGUUAACACAGUUGGGAGGGGGCAUGAAGCUAAGUUAAGCAACAGAACAGAAGAGUGGUAUCCUGGACAAAUGGCUUCACCUACUAUAUCUGACAUACAGGAGAGACAAUUCAGAGUGACAUGGGAACCACCCUCUGCUCCCAAUGGUGUCAUCAUUCAGUAUCAGUACUCCUACUACGCAGGUGAAGAUGUUGGCAAUAAUAUAACAGAGGAUGUAUAUUUUCCGGAUCGACGCUCUGCAGUAAUAGCAGGCUCACCUUGUAUCAAGUACACUGUUGCAAUAAAAGCUAAAAGUAAAGUUGGCUUUGCAACUGAAGGAUUUUCACCACCCAGUUCUGCAACUCUGCUAACUAACACACCUGGUAUACCAACUGGAUUAAAUGUUGAAAACAUAAGCUCUACUGUACUACAUGCAACAUGGACAGCUCCAUCUGAGACUUGCCCAUUUAACUUUGAUAUAUUUUUGUAUGCUACAGAGAAUCCUGGAGAUAACCCCAGAAAAGUUUUUGAAGAUCUUCGAAAAUACUGGAGUUACACAGUCGUCGUUAGAGCAGUCACAGAUAAGAGUCCGGGUCCAAAUGCUACAUUGGAUCAGAAAACUUCAGAAGACUUCCCAGGACCUGUUCAGGAUUUGACAACAACUGUUGUGGAGAAUG